UUCAAGAUGGCGGAAGACAGGGAGGUUUUACGAGAAAUCUGGGAUGGACGAAUACCCGUUUGCUUUAAUCUUAGUUCAGAAGAAAUUGUAACAGUCGAACAACCAGAACCGUAUUAUCUUUUAGUACCAAGAAUAAGCUAUUUGAUGUUGGUCACGGACAAAAUCCAGAGACACUUUCAGCGGGCCGUGAAUCAAGACAGCGUCGAUGAGAUGUGGUUCGAGUACGAUGGACAGCCAUUGAAAUGGCACUACCCCAUUGGUGUUCUGUUCGAUCUGUAUGGUUCAUCGGCAUCGUUACCAUGGAAUCUAACAGUACACUUCCAGAAAUUUCCAGAGGAAGAGUUGAUGAGAUGUCCAGGAAAGGAGGCUGUGGAAUCACAUUUUAUGUCUGCAAUUAAGGAGGCAGACAGUCUAAAACACAGAUCGCAGGUGAUCAAUUCCAUGCAGAAGAAAGACCACAAGCAGAUCUGGCUUGGCUUGUGUAAUGAUAAAUUCGAACAGUUCUGGGCUGUUAAUCGCAGGCUGAUGGAGCGAUCGGCUGAGGAUCCAUUUUUCAAACACAUCCCCUUCAGAAUAUACCAGGCAGAUAAACCUUUUCGACAGAACUUAUUCAAGCCUGUUACAGAUAAUGGCGAACAGCUAUUGUUAUCUGACCUGUUAAGAUCCUGCGUCCCAAACCUCAUGUCUAGUGACGGCACUGACCUGAACAGUGAUUGGCGUGUGGUAAUACACGGCAUAGAACCACCUCUAGAGACACCCACCCAGUGGUUGAGCGAACAUCUCAGCUACCCAGACAAUUUCCUGCAUAUUAUUAUUGUGUCUAAUGCUUGAGAGAAAACUUUACGUUAUAGAAUUAGUAAUUACGCUUACUUGCAAGAACGUUGUCAUACGAUAUUAGAACAUUAGUAAUUUAGUGAGAAAGGAAUACAUUAAAAGACAAAAGAAAAAGUUAAGCUUCAAUGAUCUUAUUUUGUUUUUUAAUAUAAUUCCUAUCCCACUAAAUCACUAUGUUCUAUUUUCUAACGUUCUUGCAAGUAGGCUAACAAUUAGACCCCUUGCUGGAAUGUUCUACAGGUCAAUAUUCCAUGAGAGCAAAGGCAAAAUGGAUUUUUCAAUUGUAGAUCAUGAGGGCAAGAGGUCUAAUGGCUUUAGUAUAAACCUACUAAUCGGUCAAAUAAAUGAAUACAAUCAAGUUGAAAUAAUUGAUUUUGGCAUCAUAGCAAUAUGCUAGUUUUCGCUACUUGUAUAUCACUAAUAGACGACUGACGCUCAGCCAAUCAGAGCGCAAGAUCUGUAAUAGACCAUUAGUAAGUUUAUACUAAUAAGAACUAGGUUUAGGGCUAAGGUUAAACAACAGAUUUCUUAAAUAUAAAGCACCUCAGGAGUCAUUAACUAUAUUACUAUACAACUGUUGUUGUCAUACCAAACCCAUUUCGGACUAAAAUAAAAAAAAAAGCUAAGCGCACCGAUCAAAUGUGCUUGAAUGUGACGCUACAGAUAAAUAUAUAUACAUUCUAGUGAACACAGCUGUCACAUGAGAAAGGCGAGACCUAUUUUAGAGUGUACUGCUGAAUGUCUUCAACUAAAGGCAAAUCCAAGCAUUUUUUAAAAAUAAUUGUAUGGUUUUGAAGCUGAAAAAGGUUAGAUUAUUUUGGCAUGUCUCAGUUUCUGCUCUUUUCCUAUAGAAGUACCCCUUUCCAAAACUAGGAAAGACCCUUCAACUCCCCCCUGGAUAUGCUUAUGAAUUGUGUUAUGAAUAUAGUUAUUGUAAAUAAUAAAUUUCCAGGUUUUUUUUAUAAACAAAGAAUUUUUAAAAUUUUUCAUGAUAUAUGAGUAAAUUGAGCCACAUUAAAAGCGACGAAUGUAGAACGCAUGCGUUUCUAUCCUGUAUGAACUGAGAGAUGUAGAGCAUUGAAGUGCCAGUCCUCGACUCAAAUGUCAAAUAUUUUACAAUGAAUAGGUCACAAGAGAAAAACGUUUGCGUUUGAGUGAGAAAAUAAAUGUUCGUUUUCUCCGAGUAUACAAAAAAUUUUGCGAGUAAACUUUUGUGAGACCAA